AUGGAUGCUAAAGAAAACUUAGAACACAUUGCUUCAUUUGACAUGGAAAGUAAAGAGACAUGGGCUCAAGACUGGGAAACCGACAACCCUGAAUUUCACACUGACGAAGUGAACGCCAUGUUGACAAAACAUCAUGACGAAGUUACGCGUGGAAGAAAAAAUCUCCGAGUCCUGGUGCCUCUUUGUGGAAAGUCCUUGGACAUGAUCUGGUUAGCCGAUCAAGGACACUCAGUUGUAGGUGUUGAACUGAUCCGGAAGGGAAUCGAGUUAUUUUUUCGUGACAACAAGUUGACCUACAACGAGAAGUCCGUGUCAUUGUCUCCUGAGAAUCAAGGUACCGUUUUCAAAAACAAUGGAAAGAAUAUCACACUGUACGAGUGUAGUAUCUUCGAUUUCUCGGCCAAGAUAGCUGGAGGUAAAUUUGAUUUUAUCUGGGAUCGCGGAUCCAUGACCGCAAUCAACAUGAUGAGGGAAGGUCGACUCAAGCAGUACACAGACAUCAUGCUCAGCUGCCUCAAGCCAGAUGGCCGUUAUUUUCUUGAGUUCUUUGCUCCUGAGUCUCCAGAGAAUAUGCCGACGCAAUUCAAGUUUCUUUCCGAGAAGAGUAUAACUGAGAAUUUUGGCGAAAGGUGCACCAUUCGAUACUUUGGGAAACAAGAUAUGCCGGCAUGGUCGGGGUCUGCAGACGAAAGAUCUUUGGAACAGGAACCGGGUCCAAACAAUCAAGAUAUGAAAAUGGUGAUGCAUUAUUAUUUGAUGGAUUUCAAGUAACAUUCCUCUCGAUUUAGAUUUCCUGUUCUGGGUGUCUCAGUGGAGUAACAACCUUUGUAAUUUAGGAAAUUUUCUCAUUGUAAGAUGGCGUGACUGCUGCCUUGUUUAA